CUCUGUCUGUGUGUGUGCUCGCGCGUGUGUGUGUGUGUUUGUUCGUGUGCGUCUUUCUCUCUGUCUGUGUGUGUGUGUGUGUGUGUUUGUUUGUUCGUGUGCGUCUUUCUCUCUGUCUGUGUGUGUGCGCUCGCGCGUGUGUGUGUGUGUUUGUUCGUGUGCGUCUUUCUCUCUGUCUGUGUGUGUGUGUGUGUGUUUGUUUGUUCGUGUGCGUCUUUCUCUCUGUCUGUGUGUGUGCGCUCGCGCGUGUGUGUGUGUGUGUGUGUGUGUUUGUUCGUGUGCGUCUUUCUCUCUGUCUGUGUGUGUGUGUUUGUUCGUGUGCGUCUUUCUCUCUGUCUGUGUGUGUGUGUGUGUGUGUUUGUUUGUUCGUGUGCGUCUUUCUCUCUGUCUGUGUGUGUGCGCUCGCGCGUGUGUGUGUGUGUGUGUGUGUGUUUGUUCGUGUGCGUCUUUCUCUCUGUCUGUGUGUGUGUGUUUGUUCGUGUGCGUCUUUCUCUCUGUCUGUGUGUGUGUGUGUGUGUUUGUUCGUGUGCGUCUUUCUCUCUGUCUGUGUGUGUGCUCGCGCGUGUGUGUGUGUUUGUUCGUGUGCGUCUUUCUCUCUGUCUGUGUGUGUGUGUGUGUGUGUGUUUGUUCGUGUGCGUCUUUCUCUCUGUCUGUCUGUGUGUGUGCUCGCGCGUGUGUGCGUGUGUGUGUGUGUGUGUGUGUGCGCGAUGUGUAGGUCUUCAGUUGUUCCAGCAGGUGUCGCGUGUUCUCUGAAGUUGAAUGCAUGACUGAUUAAGAGGAGGAGCUUUAACACUGAACUCAGAUCAGAUGUGUGUGUGAUGUUGUGCAGUCAGUCAGUGUGUGAGAUUCAUUCAGAUCUUCAGUCACAAUGUCUCUGUGUGUGUUGAUUCCCAUCAGUCUGCCCGUCUUCACACUGCCUGCUAUCGGGAUCAUAUAUACGAUGGCUCUGAAGAAUCAACACGUGUGUCCGGUCAAUAACUGGGUUUAUAACUCAACAUGUCACAGUCCUUUAACCCUUCAGAGCACUUCUGACCUGUGCUGCACACUCGACAACAUCCCACUCAUCAGUAAAUGUGGUGAUGUUCCUCCGGAGAGCUGCUGGUUCAGUCUGCUGUGUACGGCUUCAUCAUUUAUGGUGAUUGUGAUAGGUGUGCUGCGGUACGCACAGGUGAUUCAUAAGCAGAGGAACAGUGUGUUGAAUGUUGAGGGUCUUUGUGCUGGAUGGCUCUGUGCUGCUGGACUGAUGAUCGUAGGAAACUUCCAGGUGGAUCAUGCUAAACUUGUUCAUUAUGUGGGAGCAGCUCUGUGUUUUCCAGCCAGUCUGCUGUUUGUGUGUGUGCAGACGCUGCUGUCGUACCGCACAGCCGAGACACACAGAGACAUGAACACGGCUCAUGUGAGACUACUGCUCACCACACUGGCCUUGACCUCCCUCAUCCUCAGUGGUGUGUUCUUUAUCCAGGAGAGUUUUGUUCUUCAGCAUGGAGCUGCAGUGAUGGAAUGGUUGUUUGCCAUCAUCGUGCUGCUGUUUUACGGCUCAUUCUCACAUGAGUUCAGGUGUAUAUCUGCAGAAACUCUUGUGUCUGUGGUGAGAAAACACCGACACUCUGAGGAUCACCCAGGAACUUCAGAGAAAUUACAGACAAACAUUUGACGAGUUCUUUUUGGGGAAAGAGUUUUGUAAACGUAAAUGUGAUGUUUUCAGGAAAAAACUUUUUUUACACUUCAAUGUACUCUUUCAGACUUGGCAGCUUAACAUUACAUUUCUCUUUUAGUUCAUCUGUAUUUAUACUGAAGUGAUGGAUCAGUGUUUCAUCUGAUUUCUGUUGUGUUUCUCAUGAGUUUUCUCCUGUUGUUUUGUUAACUAUGUUGUUACCAGUGUUGGGUGUAACUAGUUACUAAGUAAUUAGUUACUGUAAUUUAAUUACUUUUCCCUUGAAAAAGUAAAGUAAGGGAUUACUUGUAUGUUUUCUGUAAUUUAAAUACAGUUACUUUUGAUGUAAUUAUACUAAAUACUUUGUUAAAUAUAUGCGUGUGCAAUAGCGUAAUUGACUUCAAAAUUCAAAGUCUUACUUUAAAAUCUGAGCUUUAAUGUAUAAUUCUCACAUUUGUAAUACUUUGGUCAGUUAAUAAUAUUAUUUGAAUGAAUUCAAUAAGCCGUUUCAUGUAUAUUCUUGAAUCACUGAACUAAUCAAGGUUUUAUAUUGAUGUGGAUAUAAAAAGUAAUUAGUAAUGAGUAACUAAAUACUUUUUGGACAGAGUAAUUUGGACCGUAAUCUAAUUACACUAUUGAAUAUGUAAUGAGUAACUAGUAAUUAAUUACUUUUUCAGAGUAACUUACCCAAGACUGGUUGUUACUAUCAUAGUUUAUUAACUUUGUUAAAACAAUAAAGACAUUUUUUCCAUG